CAAGGAUGCAUCUCCCAUGUAUCCUGGGAUCACGCAUACUUUGCAGGGCCAUGUAUAUUCCUGUAGCAAAAAACAAAAUAAUCCAACCAAAUUACAGGUUUAAUUUCGAGAGCAUAUAUAAACAUGGGAUCACUCACGCUAAAUUAAUUUUUGUGCUGUGCACGUACACGAUUGCAUUGCUACUGCCAUGGCUCACAUGAUGACGUCAUCACCCACUGCCUGCGUUGUCCUUGCUCUUGCCUUUGUCCUCCUCGCAGUGACGCCGACGCUCUGCUACGUCACUGACGGCGCGACGCGGCGGCGAGGCGCGAGCACGAGCCGGCGCCAUGGCGAAGCUCGGACUUACAUCGUGCUCGUCGAGCCACCGGAUGCCGACGGCGAUGACGACGAGGCCGCGCACCGCCGGUGGCACGAGUCAUUCUUGCCUGGCGGUGGCGGUGGCGGUGGCGGCGAGGAGCGGGCGUCGCCGACGCGCAUCCGCCACUCGUACACGGGGGUGGUGUCUGGCUUCGCCGCGACGCUGACGCGCGGCGAGGUCGCCGCCGUGUCGAGGAGGCGCGGGUUCGUGCGCGCGUUCCCGGAGCGGAGGUUGCCGCUCCUGACGACGCGCUCGCCGGGGUUCCUCGGGCUGACGCCGGAGCGGGGCGUGUGGAAGGCGGCCGGGUACGGCGAGGGCGUGGUCGUCGGCCUGCUCGACACCGGCAUCGACGCGGCGCACCCGUCGUUCCGCGGCGAGGGCAUGCCGCCGCCGCCGGCCAGGUGGAAGGGCGCGUGCACGCCUCCCGCGCGGUGCAACAACAAGCUCGUCGGCGCGGCGUCGUUCGUCUACGGCAACGAGACCGGCGACGAGGUGGGGCACGGGACGCACACGGCGGCCACGGCGGCCGGGCGCUUCGUCGACGGCGUCUCGGCGUUCGGCCUCGCCGCGGGCACCGCCUCCGGGAUGGCCCCCGGUGCGCACCUCGCCAUGUACAAGGUCUGCAACGACCAGGGGUGCUUCGAGUCCGACGUGCUCGCCGGGAUGGACGCGGCGGUGAAGGACGGCGUCGACGUGCUGUCCAUCUCCCUCGGUGGCCCGUCCUUGCCGUUCGACAAGGACCCGAUCGCCAUCGGCGCGUUCGGGGCGAUGUCCAAGGGCAUCGCCGUCGUGUGCGCCGGCGGCAACAGCGGGCCGACGCACUUCACGCUGUCCAACGAGGCGCCGUGGAUGCUCACCGUGGCGGCCGGGUCGGUGGACCGGAGCUUCCGCGCCACAGUGCGGCUCGGCGACGGCGAGGCGUUCGACGGCGAGUCGCUCAGCCAGGACAAGCGCUUCAGCUCCAAGGAGUACCCACUGUACUACUCCCAGGGCACCAACUACUGCGACUUCUUCGACGUCAACGUCACCGGCGCGGUGGUCGUGUGCGACACCGAGACGCCGCUGCCUCCGACGAGCUCAAUCAACGCGGUCAAGGAGGCCGGCGGCGCCGGCGUGGUGUUCAUCAACGAGGCGGACUUCGGGUACACCAUCGUCGUCGAGAAGUACUACGGCCUCCCCAUGUCGCAGGUGACCGCCGGCGACGGCGCCAAGAUCAUGGGAUACGCCGCGGUGGGGUCGCCGGCCGCGUCCCACAACGCGACGAUCGUGUUCAACAGCACGGUGGUCGGCGUCAAGCCGGCUCCGGUGGUCGCCGCCUUCUCGUCGCGCGGGCCGAGCGCGGCGAGCCCCGGCGUGCCGAAGCCGGACAUCAUGGCGCCGGGGCUGAACAUCCUCUCCGCGUGGCCGUCGCAGGUGCCCGUCGGCGAGGGCGGCGGCGAGUCCUACGACUUCAACGUCGUCUCCGGCACGUCCAUGGCGACGCCGCACGUCACCGGCGUCGUGGCGCUCAUCAAGAAGCUCCACCCGGACUGGUCGCCGGCGAUGAUCAAGUCGGCGAUCAUGACGACGUCCAGCGCCGUGGACAACGACGGCCACGCCAUCAUGGACGAGGAGCACCGGAAGGCGAGGCUCUACUCCGUCGGCGCCGGCCACGUCGACCCGGCGAAGGCCAUCGACCCGGGCCUGGUCUACGACCUCGCCGCCGGCGACUACGCCGCCUACAUCUGCGCGCUCCUCGGCGAGGCGUCGCUGCGGGUCAUCACCGGGGACGCCGCCGCGACGUGCGCGGCGGCGGGCUCCGUCGCGGAGGCGCAGCUGAACUACCCGGCGAUACUGGUGCCGCUGCGCGGCCCGGGGGUGGAGGUGACGGUGAACCGGACGGUGACGAACGUCGGGCCGGCGAGGGCGAGGUACGCGGCGCACGUGGACGCGCCGGGGUCGGGGACGACGACGACGACGACGGUGAAGGUGGAGCCGGCGGAGCUGGUGUUCGAGGAGGCGAUGGAGAGGAAGACGUUCGCGGUGACGGUCACGGCGAGCGGCGGCGGCGGCGCGGGCGGCGGCGGGCAUGUGGUGGCGGAGGGGAGCCUCCGGUGGGUGUCGCGACGUCACGUGGUGCGGAGCCCGAUCGUGGCGGACAGUAGCGUCGGCGGCCCCAGCCGCAGGUCGGCACAAGAUGCUUAAUUAGUUGCCGCCUUCGGUUUGAUCAACACUACAUUUAUAUACUAUCGUCAAUUAACCCAUGUCAUCGAUAUUUAUACAUUUCAAGAGGUAAAGUUUACAGCAAAUU